AUGACUAGGUGUCGAUGGCCGACACUCUUUCAUCACAAUAUAGCAUUAAAUUUAAUUUUUCUAAGCACGUUGAUCUUGCCGGUUCAUGGACGUAAGUAAUUUUAUUUUAUACUAUUUUUGAAAUUAAUUUUAAACUUAAUUUUAAACUUAUGAAGUGUAAAAAGGCAUGUCGUGUUUUAGUUAACAGAAUUUUACAAAAUGGCGACAAGACUUUUUUAUAACUUAAAUAGCUUUAAAUUUCAAAUUUUUAUAUGUUAUGCAAUACAACUCCUGUAUAACAAAUUGCCAGGUGAUUUUAAAUUUGUUUUUUAUAUACAGAAGGUUUGUUAUACAGAAGUUCUAAUGUAUGUAAUUUCAAGAUAAAAUUUAAAAUUUUGAUUUUUAGAAUUUCGAGACCCAUGCGACACAUUUGACCUGAGGGCUUGUGAUCCAGCAGCUGAAUGUGUGAGUGAAUUCCCAGGCCAAGCUGAUUGUAGAUGUCCACAAGGCUAUAUUGACCUUUCUCCUUCGAUUGAAAAGCCUGGCCGAAGGUGCUUGCAAGGUUGGUUUUAAAAUGGCAUAUUUUAUCUUAGGCUAUUGCAAACUGCCGUAUUUUAUCUUAAGCUACUGUAAAAUGACAUAUUUUACCUUAGGAUACUGUAAAAUAACAUAUCUUUCUAUUACUCUCCUUGGGCUAAAGCUAGGACUAUCUUUUACAGAAUUUUCAACGUAUAAAUGUAUUUUACAAAGUAAAAAUUUAUUAAAAUUACAGUAAGACCCCUGUCAAACACUGGAGACUGCUCAGUUAAUGAUCCGUUGAGUUGUGAUUCUCAAAAGAGUGAAGUCUGUCUCUUUAUUGAUGGCAGAUAUCAAUGUGCUUGUCCACAAGGCUACAGUAAACUGGUUGACGGCCGAUGCUUGGUCAUCAAUGAGUGCAGUCAAGCUAGACUACAUGAUUGCGCUCCUAAUGCUCAGUGUAUUGAUAAGGUGAUGGUUUUGGCUUUCAAAAUUUGAAAAAGAAGACGGUUGGGGUAAGGUAGGGCAUGGAUUAGAUUGGCUGGGGUAUCACAGAGCAAGAGUAAAAUAGAGCAAAGGAAAAAUACGGCAUGGGUAGGAUAGGGUAGGGUAGGAGUAUGAUAAGGCGAUAGAGUAGGGUAGGGUAGAGUAGAGUAGGGUAGGGUAGGGUAGGGUAGGGUAGGGUAGGGUAGGGUAGAGUAGGGUAGGGUAGGGUAGGGUAGGGUAGGGUAGGGUAGGGUAGGGUAGGGCAUAUAGUAUAUAGUAACAAUUUUUACUGUAUUUCUCACUUUCCAGGACGCCGGCUACGAGUGUCGUUGCUACAACAACUUGGUCGAUGUCUCACCAGAUCCUCACCGUCCUGGUCGAAAGUGUGUUGGCAAGGUUAAUGAGUGUGCUGAGCCAGUAAAAUACGGUGUAGAUUGUGAUUUAGAUGCUAUGUGUGUGGACAGUGAUGACAGCUAUACUUGUCAUUGUCGUCCAGGCUUCGCUGACAUUUCUCAUAUCUAUGGUAAGCUACCUGGUCGAAGAUGUGUUGAAGAGAUCGAUGAAUGUCAAAGUGAAGGAAUGAAUGACUGUUCGAGCAAUGCUGAUUGUGAAGAUACUAAGGAAGGGUAAGUUCUUGCCAUUAUUUGUAUUGUAAAGGAAGUUCUUGCAAUUGUGUGUUUUGUAAAGAAAGUUUUUGCCGUUUAAACCCUAAUUUCAGCUAUCUCUGCCAAUGUAAACCCGGCUACGUGGAUGCUUCAACCAAUGUAACACAAUAUCCAGGGCGCACUUGUAUCCUACCCUCAGCCCUAAGUCGACCAGUCGUAACCUUGGCUACAACAACCUUAUCAUCUCAACCUCAGUGCACUAUUGGCAGAAAUGACACAUGUCGUUUGAACGAACUGUGUUCGGAAAAUAAUGGCGUGCUGGCUUGUGAUUGUGUAGAAAACGCUUUCAGAUUCCGCGACGGUACAUGUAGGCUACAGUCAGCGUGCUCUGGUAUUACUGAAUGUCAUCAAAAUGCUUUCUGUACUAAUGUGUUUGACUCUUAUCAGUGCAAAUGCAAACCUGGAUAUCAUGAUGCUUCUGAAGAUAGCAACAAACCUGGACGGAACUGUGUUGAAUGUAAGUUUACGUUAGUAUAAAUACAUGUUUACUGUAGCAUACUGUAGGGCAAGAUAAAUAAAUGCUGUAAGUUAAGGUUAAGGAAAGCUUACGGUAAGAUUAGGGCAGAGAAGAUAAGGGUAUGAGAAAAUUAUAGCAUAGUUAAGCUAUUGAACAAUGAUGCUUUAUGAUCUACCGUAUUUUACAUUACAGUAGAAAUUGGAUCUAGAGUACGAGAAGGCCGGUAGAGCUUGAAGUACAGUGUGGUCCAGGGCCCGGAAAGGUUCCGGGUACGGUAGGGUUUAGUGUAAAGUAGGGCCUAAGAUACGGCAGGGCCUAGGGUACGGACGGAAUAGGGUACGGUAAUUUAAGGUGGGGGCAAGACAGCAAUUUUAAUUAAUAAUUCAUUAAUUUCAGUGAUAAAUGAAUGCGCAACCGGCCAGCACACUUGCCAUCCAUUUGCUUUAUGUGUUGAUGAAGUUAUGGGUUAUAGUUGUAAAUGCCGCUCGGAUUAUGUUGACACUUCGUCACGUUAUGGGCUGGGUCCUGGAAGACAUUGUGCUAUUUGUAAGUUACUUUUUAUUAUAAAAAUUAUUAAAAUACAAAUUAAAAAUGUAUAAAAAGUGUCAGUUGAGACUUUCUAUAUUGUAUUUUGACAUGUUUUUGUUUUUGAAAAAUUCAAUAUUUUUGUGACAUUUCGUAACAAAAAUCAAUAAUUUGUUGCGAAAUGUCACAACUUUAUUAUUAUUAUUAUUUUUGUUUUUUCUUUAUUUCUUAGUUAACUUAUAAGGUUUUAAUAACUUAUUUAUCGUUUCUUUCAAUUAUUUUUUAAAGCAUUAACAUUUAAAAAUUUUUUUUUGAUAUUUUAGGUAACAAAUAAUAUUAUUAUACAUAUAUAAGUAUCAUAUUGAAUUAAAAUCUCUGUUUUUAGCGAACAACGAAUGUGCCAGUCCAGAAACCAACACUUGCGAUCAAAAUGCGGAUUGUGUCGACCGUCCUGACGGCUACACUUGUCAAUGCUACGACGGCUAUGUUGAUGUAUCUUCUUUGGCCGGUAAACAGCCCGGUCGUAUCUGCACGGUGCAAACCACAUGCCCUAAGCAAACUACUGAUUUGAUCUUUUUGGUUGAUGGCAGUGGAUCGAUUGGAGUUCAUGUGUUCACGAAGGAGAUUCUGAGGUUCUUGAAGGAGUUCGUGGAGCUGUUUGACAUUGGACCUGAGCAUACUCGUGUCGGCUUCAUUCAGUAUAGUGAUCAGAUCCGGCAUGAAUUUGAUCUGAACUCGUAUGAGGAUAAGAAGACACUACAGAAUGCGAUAUUGAACACUGGGUAUUUGACUGGAUUGACGAGGUAAAAUACGCUACUCGGUGAUUACGUUGAUAAGUUUAGUGAUAUAGAGUUAUUUGAGGGGAUAUUUUAGAAGUAAAGCUUAUGUGUAGUGGGAGUUGAACAUGAUAAAGGGUAUGUAUAGUAAGAGUUGCACAUAGUAAAAGGUAUGUAUGGUAGGAGUUGAACAUGGUAAGGGGUAGUUAAAGUUAUAAAGGCUUAUGUAUGCAUGAAACUAAUUAUGAUGAUGGGUACGGUAAAGGUUAUAAUCAAGGCUUAUGUAUGGUAGGAGUUGGGUAUGGUAAAGAUUGGAUAAUAUAAUAGGUAGAUUACGGCAUAGAUGAUCAGUUUAAAAUUAGACUAAUUUCUAGCUUAACUAUCUCAAAUUUUAUGAUUGGAUAGUUAGGCUAGACCUUAUAAUGUGUAUGGGCAACGAUUGAAGUAGGGUAGGGUAAAAUACGGCACCAUCAGUUAAGCUAGAGUAAGGUAGGGCAGGUUUUAAAAGCAGGGUAGAUUUUUGUGGCAAUACUAGAAUUUAAGGUUAGGAUAAGUUAAUGUAGGGUAGGGCAGGGUAGGGUAGGGUAGGAUACGGUAGGGUAGUGUUUUUUAUUUUAAAAUUCUAGAACCGGAGCAGCGAUAAAGCAUCUAACAGAAGAAGGUUUCUCUGAUCGGCGAGGAGCACGUCCAGCUGGUCAAGCUAGUCGAGUGGCAAUCAUAAUCACUGAUGGUAGAAGUCAAGACAAUGUAACUCAAGCAGCAAUUGAAGCACGCAAGUCGGAUGUUAAUAUGUUUGCGAUUGGAGUGACAGAUCAUGUUUUGGCUUCUGAAUUGGAGACUAUAGCUGGGUCUAGCAGUCGGUAUGGUUAAUAUUAUAUUUUUUGUUUUGGGCAUUUUUAUUACAUUUAUUGUUAUUUCUUAUGUUAUAUAGGUAAAAUACGGCUUUUUUACCUGUGCCGGUAUAUUAAUCAUGUUUGUCAUUUCCAGCUGGUUCUACGUGGACCGUUUCCGAGACCUAGACACUAGACUAAGGUCACUAAUCCAGAAGAUAGCGUGCCCAGCCAUGGAACAACAAAUGAAGCCUCAGAACGUAUCUUGUGACCCAGGUACUCAACGUGGAUGUGAUCGUACUCUAAACGAAAUCUGUGUUAUGAGUAACGGUCGGACACGAUGUGAAUGUCCACCAGCGUUCGAACGUCAUCCAAUCACUAGAGCUUGUGGUUCACCUCAAUGUAAUCCUCAGAUCGAAACGAGCUGCCCUUACCCAGAGAAGUGUGCUAGAACACCGUUUGGAACGUACAGAUGCAUAUGUCCGAAUGAAUAUCAUAGAGACAGUAGGAGUGGAGUUUGUUGUAGGUUUUUUUAGAUUUUUACUUUAUCCUGAGCCCUUUCUUUACUCUUCUCUACCCUAUCCUAGGUCUUAUUGUACCGUAGGCCCUAACGUACCCUAGGCCUAACCGUGCCCUAGGCCCUACCGUACCCUAGGUUCUAUUGUAUCCUAGGCCCUACCGUAUUCUAGGUUUUACCGUACCAUAGGUCCUACCGUACCUUAGGCCUUACCGUACCCUAGGCUCUACCGUACCCUAGGCCUUACCGUACUCUAGGUCCUCCCGUACCCUAGGCCCUACUGUACCCUAGGCCCUAUCGUACCCUAGGCUCUACCGUACCGUAGGCCCUACCGUACCCUAGGCCCUACUGUACUCUAGGCCCUAUCGUACUCUAGGCUCUACCGUACCGUAUGCUCUACCGUACCGUAGGCUUUACCGUGCUUUAGGCCUUACCGUGCUCUAUGCUUUACAGCAUUCUAAGCCAUACUGUACUUUAGUUUUUAUAGUACUUUUGGCUUUAUUAGACCCUAGGCAGUACCCUACCUAGGCCUUGUCGUAAUUUAGGCCUUACGUUAUUGUCUGCCUUACCGUAUUCUAAGACUUACAGUACUAUAGGCUGUACCGUGUCCUAGUUAAACAAGAUUCACUCUACUUUUAAAAUUAUUUUUUCAGUGAAAGACGGAACAACACCUCCACAAUACCCGGAAGAGAAAUGUAAGACAGGUUAUGAUCGUAACCCUCGUACUGGUAAAUGCCAAAUUACUGGGUCUUGCGAUCCGAAUGAAGCUGAACCAUGUGAUCCACGGAAACAACAACAAUGUCUUCUACAUCCAAAUGGGCAAUUCCAUACUUGUCGAUGCAGUGGAGCUCAGAAACGUCAUCCUAUCACUGAUGUUUGUUGUGAGUUUGAGAAAUUUGUUAAGUACUACCAUAACUUACCCUACCGUUCUCUACCAUACUAUUAAUUGGAAAAUUUUACAUUACAGUAGAAAACGAAUGUGCCUCAGGACGUCAUGACUGUGAUCAACGAGCACGAUGCACAGAUACAGAUGAAUCCUUCAUCUGUGCCUGCCCUCUCGACUCGAUCGACCAGUCUCCAGACCUUCUAACCAAGCCUGGUCGAGUAUGUCAGCGCCUAGAAGAUGAAUGUGCCACGUCAAACAAUGGUUGUCCGGCCAAUGCUGAAUGCAUAGACAUGGUAGAUGGAUAUGAUUGUAGAUGUAAGCCUGGCUUCGUCGACUUUUCACCGAAUCCAGAACAAAAAGCUGGUCGAGUGUGUCAUCGACCAGUCAACGAAUGUGAUAACAAAGCUGAUAACGAUUGUCAUGAAAAUGCAAUUUGUAUUGACACGGUAGAAUCGUUUACUUGUCAAUGUAAAGAAGGAUUCAAUGAUGCUGAUGAGCUACAGCGGCCUGGAAGAGUUUGUGUUUUGGGGCAUGGUAAGUUGAAUUUAAAAUUAUAGCCUAGGGUAAGAGAAGGCAAUAAGUAUUAGAGUCUAGGGUAAUCCUAGGGCAACAGUUAUAUUUAUUAAGGCCUAGGGAAAAAUUGAGCAAGCAUUUAGUACUGUAAGCUUUGGAGGACAAAAAUUCAAGUCUUACAGUAGCUCUAAAGGGCGGUAGAAAUAACUGCACAGCGGGGAUGUUGGUACUGUGGGAGGUAAUGUACGAUAGAGUUUAAAAUAAAAUAUAGUUCUAAGUACGGUAUGUUUUACGAUACGUUGCAGGAUUGGCUACGGUAGGACUUUAGAGUAUGAUAGUUCUUAUGACAGGGUAGGAUUUGCAGCAUGGUAAAACCUAUGUCACGGUAAAACUAGGGUCGGGUAGGGUACUGUAUGGCCUAUGGAACGGUGGGGCUUAUGAUAAGGUAAAGCUUAGGGUACGGUAGGCAUAUGGGACAGUAGAACCUAGGGUACAGUAGGGCUUAGGGUACGAUAAGGCGUAGGGUACGGCAGGGCAUAGGAUACGGUAGGGCCUAGGGUACAAUAGGGCUUAGGGUACGAUAGGGCCUAGGGUACGAUAUGCCUAAAGUACGGUAGGGCCUAGGGUACUAAAGUGAGUGGGGUGCGGUAGGGUCUUAAAUUAAAAAAAGAAGUUUUUAGGCUUUAAAAGCGAAUUUAAUGAGGAUAAAGUGCUCGUAUUUUACAAAAUAACUGUUUUCAGUGAAUGAAUGCAAGAACUCAACUCUCAACUCAUGUUCACCUAACGCAAUAUGCAUUGAUGAACCAAAAGGUCAUCGUUGUGAGUGUCUGCCAGGAUUCAUUGACAACUCUGCUGAAGGCACCUUUGGCCACAUCUGUGACAUUCCACUACCACCAAAGCCUCAUCCUUGUCAAGAAGUGGAUCUCAAUGAUUGUGACUCUUUGGCCGAAUGUAUUCCAACUGAAAUUGAAUUCGAAUACACUUGUAAAUGUAAAGCUGGUUAUGUUGACGUGUCUGACAAUAAGGUACAAGAGCCUGGUAGAAAAUGCGAAGUUGAGAAGAAUGUCUGUGAGGACAGUAGUAGGAAUGAUUGUCAUCAGCAAGCGGUUUGUACGGUUUUGCCGGUAAGUAAGAUUUUUUGAUGGUUUGAAAGAGUUCAGUGUAAAACAAUUGAGAAUAGUACUUUUAGGCUUAAUAAGCUUCAGUAGGUUUAUCCUUGGUAGGCUUGUACUUUCUAGGUUUAAGUCUUGUAGGCUUAGGCUUAAUAGAAUCAGGGCUAGUAGGGUGAAAAUUAAAAGGAAAGUGAUCGACCUGCAUUAAUCUGAUUGAAUUUAAACUUUUUAUACGGAAUGCUCGUUCAAAUAAAAACCUUCAGCAAUGUAUUAUAAUAAUAGGGAAAGUACCCUACCUGCCCCGCUCAGAAUCAGCCCAACAUUUUUAUAUGAAUUCCUUGUACUACAAUAGUAACCAUAACAAUUUUUUUUUUAUUUGAAACAUUUGAAUUCUCCGCUAAUUUGGCAAAUUUGGCAUUGUGUUUCAAGCACUUUUUUUGACUUUCCGGCGAAGCUACGCUUACAAAUUUAAAAAUUUUGGUUUAUUUAAAGGUAUUCUACCUGUAUAUCAAAGGAAAAUUCUUAAAGGUUAAAGAAAUGACAAAGUUUUAAGCUUGAAACACAAUGCCAAUUUAGCGGGAAAUUCAAAACGUAAUUUUAUGAUCUUGAUUUUCUCAAGAUUUCCUGGAAAUCGCGAUUUAGUACUUUGCUGAAGAUCUUAUAUUUACAUGAUCUUUCAACUAUUUUGUUUUAUAAUGUUUCUAUACAGGCUAACAACUUUACCUGCCGAUGUCGUGAUGGUUAUCUCGACAAAUCAACAUUAUCCUCAAACCCAGGCCGAGAAUGUGUCGAACUCCUGAACGAAUGUAUCGACCGGUCGUUGAAUGACUGUGAUCCGUCAGCUUUGUGUGAAGAUUUGCCUGAGGGCUUUGAAUGUAAAUGUCCUUUCAACUCCAUCGAUGAAUCUCCGGAUCCAUCAAAGCCUGGCAGACACUGCCGUGCUAAAAUCAAUGAAUGUGCCAAUCCUUUGUUGAACAAUUGCAGUCGAUUCGCUGAUUGUAUUGAUAAGAAUGAUGGGUAUGAUUGUAGAUGUAAAGAUGGGUAUCAUGAUGAAAAUGGCAGUGAACCGGGCACUGUUUGUAAAUUUAGUAAGUUUUGGGAAGGGGGGGGUUGUGACAAGAAAGUUUUUGCAAUUUUAUGCUUUGUAAAGAAAGUUCUUGUCAUUUUUUGUUUUGUAAAGAAAGUUUUUGCUAUUUUUUUAAAGAAAGUCCUUGCGAUUUGUUGCUUUGCAAUGAAAGUUCUUUUCACUUUUUGUUUUUUAAAGAAAGUUUUUGCCAUUUGGUUACAGUACUGCCUAAAUUCAAAGAAAUCUUUAAAUCUAAAAACUUACAGUAAUCAAUGAAUGUGAAUCCCCAACCCUAAACGAUUGCCACAAGAACGCUGAAUGUAUUGAUCUACCAGGAGGCUUUACCUGUAAAUGUAAACAUCCAUUCGAUGACAAAGGACCCUCGAAUCAACCAGGAAGAUACUGUAUCUUUGAUGAAUGUCUACAUCCAAAUGCCAACAAUUGUCAUCAAGAUGCGACCUGUAUGGACCUUGAUGAAGGCUUCACUUGUCAAUGUAAUGAAGGAUUCUAUGAUAACAGUCCCAAUGCUUCUGAACCUGGACGGAUCUGCCUUGGUAAAGAUUAGAAAUGCUGGGAAUUUUGAGAAAAUUUUUAAAUUCAAAAAAUUGAAAAAAUUUUUUUUGAAAUUGUGAAACGUUUAACCUACCUUACCCCACUUCACCCUACCUUAACCUACCCUACUCUACCCUCUCGGCCUUACCUUGCCAAACUGUCUUUCCUCUUAGAAAGUGUACUUUUAAACUAGCCAUCAUUGCUAACUCCUACCUACUCUACCUUAUUAUUAUCCUAUUUUUAUCAUACCCAUCUCCUAGCAUGUACGUAAGCCUUGCUUAUAAUCUUUGCUACCCUUUAUCAUACCAGCUCUACCAUACUUUUUACCAACCUUUCUUUCCUACUACUCUAGCGGACCCUAUCUUAAUUCACCUUACUCUACCUUACUCAUUCACAGUCUUUGGAUCAACAUAUAUAAUAUAAACCAUGAUGUAAAGAAAAAUACAUAAACGUUUUUACUCAAAAACAUGAGGAGAGACCGAGGUAUUGACAAUAUAAACAGUGUUUUACUAAUAAAAGUAAACCACAAAGAAAUUGAAAAAAAAAUUUUUUAAUUAAGCUUUUAAAGUCUCUUAUUUUAGCCCUCAAUAUACCUCGGUCUCAACACGAAUACAUGUUUUGCGGUAAAAUUCACGUUUAAAAGUAUUUUUUAAACUAUUUUAAAACAAAAAACCCUUACCUCAAGACUGAAAAACGACUUUAAAUUGAUUUUUUCAAAACAAAAAGCCUUUCAUCAAGAGUUAUUUGAAGUCGAAGGGAAGGGAACUAUUGAAACCCGCAUUUUACGAAAAAACCGCGAUGUUUUGACGUUUUUUGAAAAAAAAUUUUAAUUAUAAAAUUGGUUUUGUAAAGAAAAUUCUUGCCAUUUAAAAAAAAGAAAUAAAAUUCAAAUUUUUAACAAAAUUUCAAAGAUUAAAAUAAAAUUUUUUUUUCAGAAUUCAAAGAAGAAGCUUCAGAAGAGAACAUUCUAGCCAACUCCCCCUCAUUAGAUGCCAUUCCUUGUGGUCUACGCAACUUCUGCUCCAUCCCGUUAAAUGAAGUUUGUGUCAGUGGAAGAAACUGUGCAUGCCGACCGAACGAAGCUCGUGAAUCGACCGACAAACCUUGUCAAAAAGUCGAAAAAGUUCAUGGAAGCUUCAGAGUAUUGAGGCUGAACAGAGAAAGCUUGAUUUACAGUAGCAGAUACGGUAAUCCGGAGAGUGAUGGCUACAAACAGUUAGAGACGUUGUUUAGCCGGGAUCUGAGAAAGAUAUUGGGAAGUAUUUACGAGCUGAAGGAUAAUGUGGUUACUUCAGAUGUGGCUUUGUUCACUCAUCCAAAGACUGUCAAUAGGUAAGUAGGGUAGGGUGGGGUAAUAGUAGGAUAAAGCAGUGUGGAAUUAUUGUGUGGUAGGGUGGGGUGAAGUAGGGUCUAAAGUACGAUGGGGCUUGUAGUACAGUAAGGCCUUAGAUAUAGCAGGCCAUAGGGUACAGUGGGACCUUGGAUACAGUAGGGCAUAGGGUACAGUAUAGCCUAAAGUACAGUAUGGUCUAAGUAUGAUCAGUAGGGCCUUGGGUACGAUAUGACUUAAGGUACGGUAAGGUCUAGAUUACGGUGGGGCUACAAGUACUCUAAGGUUUAGAGUACUGUAGGACGUAGGCUAUAUUGAGCUUGCGGUACGGUAGGGACUGUGAUAUUGUAAAGUACAGUAUGGUCCAAAGUACGGUAGGGAUUGGAGAACGGUAAACCUUAAGUAAAAGAAGAGCCUAGGAUACGGUAGGGCUUAGGGUACAGUAGAGCAUAGGGUACGGCAGGGCCUAGGAUACAGUAGGGUUUAUAAUUUAUGCUACAUAGCCAUCUAAAAAUGCAUUUUUAGUACGUGGAACGAAGGUGUACUAGUCAACUUUACAAUGUCAAUAAAGCCCAAUACAACACAAAAAUGUACAGUAUGGCAAGACCUAACACAUCAGAUCAUACUCAACAAACAUCGUCUAGCAGAUGGUCCACUAGUACUAGCACCAGACUUCGAUCAGCUGUCACUAUGUCCAAAACCAGAGAAUCUGUGUGGAGAUACGAUCUGUAGUAAAGAGCAUGGCCAAGUCUGUAUCAACAACGUAUGUCAAGUAGAUUACUGUGCUGAUGUCGACUACUGUCCCACCAAUACCACUUGUACCAAUUUGAAGUUUAAAUCGGAAUGUCUGUGCAAUCCAGGCUAUGUCAAUGUGAAGGAUGGUAUACGAAAUGCAAUGAAGGAACAUACGAUAAGUGGCAUCUUCAAAGAUACGAUAUGUCUGAAGCCAUUCGAUGUCGACGAAUGCCUUCUGGAGCUACACAACUGCUCAAAAGUGGCAAAAUGCACGGACACACCAUUUGGGUAUGAAUGUGAAUGUCCUGAUGGCUAUGUUGAUGGUAAUCCAGCCUACCCCGGAAGACAGUGUGCCGCUUUACUGUGUGACAAAUGUAACGCACAUGGUGAUUGUAUUACUGACCAUUUGACUGGAAAUGUGUAUUGCCAAUGUAGCGGAGGCUACAGUGGAGAGAAUUGCGAGAAACCACCUUCUCCAAUACCGUACUUUUUGCUGCUUAUAUUGGCUAUGUUGUUCUUGGUCACGGCGGCUUGGUAGGUUGAUAUAAUUUAUAUAAUUGGGGUAUAGUGUAGGUCAGGAUAGGGUAAAGUCGUUAGGGUAGAUUAAAGUACCUAGGUAAAUUAGAGCUUUUCAUAACACAGAGCUUGUGAUAGGGUAAGGUAUAACUUAGAGUACGGCGGCAAAAAAGAGUACUCUUAUACUCAGGCAGUGACAAGGUAGAGUAAAGUCAAUUGUAUGUGCGGUUCAGUAAGGCAAGAGAAUGAUAGGCUAGGGUAUCUUAAGACAGAGUAAAGGUAGGAAAAGGAUAGGGUACUGUAAAGCAAGGUAUGAUACUCUGGUAAAGUAGAGUAUUGCAUGAUAGGGUCAGGCACAGUAAGGCUCUCGGAGGUUAUAGUGAAGCUGGGUGGGUACAACAAGGGUUUUUUAGGGUACAGUAAGGCAAAGAUGUAGGCUUAUAUUGUAGGGUUUGGGCUAAGUUGGCUUGACUAGGGUUAUGAUAUAGAGUAGGCUAAGGUAGGGUAGGGUAGGGUAGGGUUGAGUAGGGUAGGGUAGAGUAGGGUAGGGUAGGGUAGGGUAGGGUAGGGUAGGGUAGGGUAGGGUUGAGUAGGGUAGGGUAGGGUAGAGUAGGGUAGGGUAGGGUAGGGUAGGGUAGGGUAGGGUAGGGUAGGGUAGGGUAGGGUAGGGUAGCGUAGGGUAGCGUAGGGUAGGGUAGGGUAGCGUAGGGUAGGGUAGGUUCAGAUAUUGUUACGUUAAACUAAAAUAAUUAUAUUUAACUUUCAACCUUCAGUUGUCUCCUCUACUUCUGUGCGCGAACUCGUUGUUUCAAGAAGAAUACGGGCUUCAAUGACUGGAAUACGAUUCAUUACAAUGAUAAUGCCUCUGAUAUGUACAGCUUAACAAUUCCAAGGGCAAAACUCAUGCUACCAUUGGAUGUGGCAUCGUUAGGAUCAACUGGAACUCAGUUUACCAUAAAGGAAGAGAUUGAGCGACAAGUCGUGACAGAUAUAACUAGAACUGAGCUGGGGAUGCACGAUGAUGGCCAGAAUGUUGUGGUAGAGAGUAAUUAUGCUCAGGUAGGGUAAUAUAAAAUUUUUUUUUGAAAUUUAAUUUUUUUUGAAAAUUUUGAAAUUUUUCAAAUUUUUUUUUAAUUUAAAAAUUUUUUUAAAAAAAUUUUUAAUUUUGUUAAAACCUCAUUUCAGGCCACCUACCUCCACCCCGAGCAAGAAAAAGACGAGAACAUUGCUACUUUUGCCAAUUCUCAACGAAACCUUCGACUGAAUUCAAUGAUAACUGAUGAUGGUAACUACUCUAGCAGUAGUUAUCAAACAGAAGGUGUAUAUAAUUUGAGGGAAAAUGAGGACAGAAGGCCGAUUAGUAGAAUGAGUAGGCUUGCUGAGAGAACGGAACGGUACGGCCGGUAA